AUGGCGGCGGCGAAGCCCGGUAGUAGCGACAUCGACACGGCGGAGCUGGACCGAGUGCUACACGCGGUGGGCUUCCAGAUCGAGACGGUCUCCCCCACGCUGCUCGCCGGGAGGCUACCCGUCACGGAGCGCUGCUGCCAGCCGUUCAAGGUGCUGCACGGCGGCGUGUCGGCGCUGGUGUCGGAGGCGCUGGCCAGCAUGGGCGCGCACAUGGCGUCCGUCUACCGCCGCGUCGCGGGCGUGCACCUCAGCAUCAACCACUUCCCUAGCGCCGCCCUCGGCGACGUCGUGCUCGCCCGCGCCGUCCCCGUCCACCUCGGCCGCUCCACGCAGGUGUGGGAGGUGAAGCUGUGGAAGAUGGACCCGUCGGCGGAGAUGAAGAAGGGGCCGCAGAUCGCCGAGGCCAAGGUGACGCUGCUCUGCAACCUGCCCGUGCCGGACAACCUCCACCACGCCGGCGACGCCCUCAAGAAGUACGCUGCCGAUGGCGCUGCACCUGCACCAACCACCACCGCCACCAGCAAACUGUAAAACUAAUUAUGUGUACGAUAUGUCUACUAGUUAAACCAGAUUCUAGCAGUUAGUGCGUGUUGUGUACUUGUGUUGAUCCGUUCGUCGGUCGAUCACAAAAAACAAUGUUCUGUUCUUGAGUCGGUUCAGUUAGUUUGUCCAUCCAUUUACACGCACUGAUGUUCUUUUGAUUGAUUGAUCAAUCAGUUGGAUCAGUUGGGGGCUCUACAAGUCAGCACGAUCAAAAGCGUGCCCAAGAAAAAUCGAUGAUAAUUAAAUAC